ACUGAAUAGCACUCCAAAAUGAAUAUCAAUUCCAAUCCCUAAAAAAUAAUUUGGUAUUCGGUAAUACCAAAUAGUGAUAAAUUCAAUACGAUAUUCAGUCCAAAUACCGGUAUCAAACUUCCAGCCGCCCCCUAUGUGUGAGUAUGACCUGAAUAUCAUUGCAUGCUUAUUCAAUUUGAUUGAAACUCGACCACUAAUUUGUAUAAAAUCGGACGACAAUCUACUAUUUAUCGUUACUUACCUCUAAGUUAUGGAAAAAUAUAAUGUCUUCCGUCUUGAAAUAAAACGGAAAUCCUUAAUUUGACCUUUCAGAAUUGCUUCAAUUUCUAGCCACUAGGGCUACAUGAAUGAGCUAUAUAAGUAAGUCCUCUGCCUCUUCCGUGCACUCUGUUCAUCAUCUUGCCAAAUCCACAUGCACUCUGAAUCAUCGUCAAUGGGGUUUCUGCUGCCUCCGCGGCGGCUGCCUUCUCACGGAGCUGGCGCCGCCGGAGCAGCAGCAUCUCAGAAGUAGAACCAGCAACGGCGGUGCAAGCACGAGAGCCACCCUCUUCCACAAACUCCGGCAAGAAUCGGCUGUUACGAUGUACUUACCCACAGCUAAAUCGUCGACAAGGUCGCCGCAGUUCUGCGACAGGAAGCAGUAGAUCGCCGGCGGAGUGAAAGCUACGAGCGCAGCCAAGAUUGGGAUUAUGCAACACAUGAUUCUCUUUCUCUUUGUCCCUUCAGAAUGAGCAGUACUCCUUGAUCAUAUAUUACACAGAGUGUGACACAAGAAUUUCGAUCUCAGCUGGCAAUUUCAUUUCAUUUAUUAAAAAAUGAAGAAGAAAGUCGGUAAAUAGAAAGAGAAACAGAGAGGAAUUCGAUCAACAAACAAACCCAUGUUAAGUGGAGACAUGCAAAGAUUGCGUACCAUCUCCAAAACACGAUUAAGACAUGGUUAAUUAUUACCUGGUUCCGGGUACAAAAUCAAGAGUUCACUUACAAAAUUUCGUGUCUUACUACUUUUGAUUCGAAUCUUAUUAUCUCUGUUAUCUGUAUAUGCUCGAGGUAUAGUGAAACUGGGUCUCUACUAUCCAUAGAUUAGCGAGCACACAUUGUGGAUAGGAAACUACGUAAAUCCGUGUGUGUCUUAUUCGUUUAUUAUUGGUUUCGUUUUCUUGCUUUAUCGCGAUCCUCCAAUUUCAUAAUCCGUAGACCAAGAGUCCAUGAUACAUUCCCUUAUCUAAAUUAUACAUGUAACUAAGGAUAUAAGUAUUUAUGUGAUUCAUUUUUUAAUUUAUUUUAAGUGACACGUAUGAGAUGACAUAUUUAACUCUAGUUAAUGUCAUGUCAACAACUCUAGUUAGAAUUACACAUAAAUUAAAAAUUUAUGUAUUGAAUUGAUUAAAAAUAAGAGUUCAUGUACCGCCAUGACCAUAAAUAACAUUCAUGUACCGAGGUGACCAAAACAUGAAAAUUCAAAGGUCAAAUUGACCUUCUUGCCAAGAUUAAGUCCAUUGCGAGAACUCUUUUGAAAAAAGCUCAGAAGAGAAAGUCAAGCAAUAAUAAAGGAUAAAAGUAUUU